AUGUGUGUCCUACUGCUGAUUUGUUUUGCCAUUUUUUAUGCUUGUAGUGGUGCGCUGUACGAUGGUGAACUCUACUACGAGAGCAGUGACGAAACAAGGGCUGGCUGCAUCUUAAAGUCCGAUUUCGCUACCUACUUAUAUUUAGGAGAGAAUUGUCUCGUGUGGAAGGAGGUUUACGAGAGCAUCGUUAAGGAUCUCGGCGAUAAACCUGAAAAAUUGCGAGACUACCAGACAAGGAUUGCAAAAGCCGAAGAAGUUAUGCUUCACAACAAAUGUCGUCGCUUGGAUCUGGCUCCUGAACAUCCUCUUAAGGACAUUAUGAAGAUGACCAAUCCCGGUCCCUGGUGUUACGUUCGAAGAAAGGGCAAUAUCGAUGUUGAACGAUGUUUCAAGGCAUGCACAGGAACUCCACAUGAAGAAAAAACCCCAACCGAUAAAACUCAAUAUGGAGCAAGAGAAAUCCUUAAAAACUAUAAUGAUCUGCUGAUUGAGAAUAUUCGCAAAUACUACAUGUCUUAUUCAUGGGGAGACGUCAGCUACUAUCGUUGGAAACCAUCCGACAGUGCAUUUUCUGCGGAAUACUUCAGGAUCCGAGAACAAAUUUUCUAUGGAUGCGUGAUAACCGUGGUCGUCCUCAUUCUUUGGCUCCUCAUGUGCGCUUAUCUUCGGAAAGAAGCGGCAGCAUCGCGGAGACGCAGAGAAGAAGCGCUUAAGGUGAACGUUAUCUUCACUUAA